AGCUGCAAAACUGAAUGAUUGAAGUCAGAAAAUGUCUGCAAGCUACCACUAUUUUGUUUUUUAAAUGAUGUUAUCAAAGCAACUUCAACCGAGCAAGUCCACCAUUCAGUUUAUAGAGAUCCAGUUUUUACAAAGAUAAGCUUUAAGUCUGAAGUGAAAAAACCAGGACCUUUUGAUCUGGAAAAAAAUUUAUUCCUAAUCUGGCUGCAGAAAGACAAUUAGUAAAGUCUAGAUCUCAGCUGAUGAACCUGAAGACUGAAGUGUUUGUUGAUGUUAUUGAAAAAAUAGUGGUCCAUAUUUCUAAAGAGGGAAUAAUUCAAAAGUGCAAACUGCAUGGAAUGAUAUUCAUGAAGAGCUUCUUACCAGUGAGUCAUAAAAUAAUUUUGAAUUCAGACGUAAUGAAAGCACUGAUUUUUGGGCAACAUCAUUUUAGCAGUUGCGUCGAUGACAGAAACUUUGAGAAACACAGAUCUUUUGUUGUAACACAGUCUCAAGGUGAGGUCAAAGCAAUGACUUAUUAUUCCACGACUAGUGCAUCAUUUGUGCCAUUUAGACUGCUUUCAAUUGUUGAAGAUGUGGAUAAAAACAGGUGA